UGUCCGGUAUCCUAGCUCUGUGUUGGUAGCUAAGCUACUGUUUGUCAGUUAAAACUUGGAUACAUUUGUUUAUUUUGAGCGAAUACGUUUAAAAUCGACUCUUAGCCGCAGCUCAAGGCCAGAAACCAAGACCACAGCUCUUAUUUUGAACAUUAUCUGUCGAAAAUGAUUUUCCACAUCCCAUGGAUCUAUGUUCCUGUUCGGAAUGUCCUAGCAAUCUGGCAUCAGCUGACAAAGUAUGAGAUACCUGAGCUAACGAAACCCUCAGUCAUUAUGAGAGACAGAGGAAGAGUGGAAGAGAUCAUCCGUAACAUGCACAGGGCAGGACCAGGUGCACUACAGGUGAUUUCUGACUUCGACAUGACGCUCACCAGGUUUGCUUUUAACGGAAAACGCUGCCCAACAUCACACAACAUCCUUGACAACAGCUCCCUCAUUAGCGAAGAAUGCACAUCCAAGUUGGCAAACUUGUUGUCCCAUUACUACCCCAUCGAGAUCGACAACUCUCUGUCAGUGGAGGAGAAGGUCCCUCACAUGGUGGAAUGGUGGACUCGGGCGCAUGACCUGUUGGUCCAGCAGCGGAUCAAGAAGGAUCAGCUGGCCAAAGCAGUCAGGGAGUCGGACGCCAUGCUCAGGGACGGGUAUGAGGUUUUCUUUGGCUCAUUGAAGGAUCACUCCAUCCCUCUGCUCAUCUUUUCGGCUGGACUGGGAGAUAUCCUGGAAGAGGUGAUCAAACACAACGGUGUGUUCCACCCCAACAUACGAGUCUUCUCCAACUACAUGGAGUUUGACGAAAACGGUGUUUUAUGCUCGUUUAAAGGGCAGUUGAUCCACACGUUCAAUAAAAGGGAGGGUGCCUUACUGAACCCAGAUCAGUUUGAGCAGCUUCAGGACCGCCCCAACAUUCUGCUGCUGGGAGACUCUAUGGGCGACCUGACGAUGGCCGACGGAGUCCAAAACGUCCAGAACAUUCUUCGCAUCGGUUACCUCAAUGAUAAGGUUGAGGAGAGGAGGGAUGCGUACGUCGGCUCUUAUGACAUCGUGCUGGUGAAAGAUGAAACGCUGGACGUUCCCAAUGCCAUCCUCAACUACAUCACUGAGGGAAAAUGAAGCUUCAUACUGUUGACCACAUCAUCUGGGAUUGAGGUCAUGUGGACCAGCCUGGCCAAUCAGAGACCAGUAUUGCUAACCUUAUGGACAGGAGCCAGCUGCUGGCACUGGGCUGUUUACUACGUCACCAUGGCAACCUUCAGGCUGGAAUUGUUUUUAAUGAGUACACGUCACACAAAAAUCCCAGUUUAGCCUGGAUUAAUAGGCAGUAAUAUCAGCUGGAUCAACUGUCUAACCCAACCACACUGAUAGUUAGAGUCCAGUGGUGCAUCACAGAUUGCAUUCUGUGAUCUACACAGAGAAGAAAAGCCAUAAAAAAAAA